AGGAGGGCGAGGGGAGGGGACAAGAGAUCUAGCGGUCCCGCCCGGUGAUGUAGACAGCCCGGGGAGGUGGAGCCGCGACGCCUGAAGGAGUCCCCACCGCAAUCGCGCUUUCGGUCUACCCCUCCGAGCGUCCAGCCGCCAGCCCCAGCUCCGGCGACCUCCCUGCCGCCGCAGUUCGGGCGGCGGGGACUGCGGGAUCCUCCCUGCUCGGGCCUGGAGGGGGGGGGCGCCUCCACCACGCCCAGCCCCCUCCCCUCCUGGCUUCCCGGACGGCUGGAGCUACUCCCGGGGGAAGCUGUUCCCGGACGCUCGGCCGCCGCCCGGGCAUCUCGGCUGCCAGCCCGGCUGGGCACCGGGCAUCUGCGAAGCCAGCCCUGCCUGGCACUGGGCAUCUCCGACUGGGCACCGACUGGCUCCGGCGCCGCCCAGCUGCUCGCGACCCCCGGGGCCGCGGGCUUCUCCGCGCUCCCUCCCCUCCCCCCGGCCGCCGGGCAGGACGCCCGUGAGCUCCCGGUGCCCCCAGCCCCUUUGGCCGCCGCCGCCGCGAUGCUGCCCUGGAGACGCAACAAAUUCGUGCUAGUGGAGGACGAGGCCAAGUGCAAGGCGAAGAGCCUGAGUCCGGGACUCGCCUACACGUCGCUGCUCUCCAGCUUCCUGCGCUCCUGCCCGGACCUGCUACCCGACUGGCCGCUGGAGCGCCUGGGCCGCGUGUUCCGCAGCCGGCGCCAGAAAGUGGAGCUCAACAAGGAGGACCCGACCUACACCGUGUGGUACCUGGGCAACGCCGUCACCCUGCACGCCAAGGGCGACGGCUGCACCGACGACGCCGUGGGCAAAAUCUGGGCGCGCUGCGGGCCGGGCGGGGGCACCAAGAUGAAGCUGACGCUGGGGCCGCACGGCAUCCGCAUGCAGCCGUGCGAGCGCAGCGCCGCGGGGGGCUCGGGGGGCUCCGGGGGCCGCCGGCCGGCGCACGCCUACCUGCUGCCGCGCAUCACCUACUGCACCGCGGACGGGCGCCACCCGCGCGUCUUCGCCUGGGUCUACCGCCACCAGGCGCGCCACAAGGCCGUGGUGCUGCGCUGCCACGCCGUGCUGCUGGCGCGGGCGCACAAGGCGCGCGCCCUGGCCCGCCUGCUCCGCCAGACCGCGCUGGCGGCCUUCAGCGACUUCAAGCGGCUGCAGCGCCAGAGCGACGCGCGCCACGUGCGCCAGCAGCACCUCCGUGCAGGGGGCGCCGCCGCCUCGGUGCCCCGCGCCCCGCUGCGCCGGCUGCUCAACGCCAAGUGCGCCUACCGGCCGCCGCCCGGCGAGCGCGGCCGUGGGGCCCCGCGCCUCAGCAGCAUCCAGGAAGAGGACGAGGAGGAGGAGGACGGAGACGCGGAGGAGCGCGAGCGGCCCGAGGUGCUCAGCCUGGCCCGGGAGCUGAGGACGUGCAGCCUGCGGGGCGCCCCGGCGCCGCCGCCGCCGCCGCCGCCGGCGCAGCCCCGCCGCUGGAAGGCGGGCCCCAGGGAGCGGGCGGGCCAGGCGCGCUGAGAGCGCGGGGGGGGGGGGGGGGGGGGGCAGGACUUGCGGCCCCAGCCCCCGCCGGCCUGACUUCCAGCCUCCAACCCCGGCCCUGCCCGCUUCGGCUCCCCUCCGGUCCCCCGGCCCUUGCCUCCCUCGUGGUCUCUGUUGUCUGCCCAGCGCCUCAUCCUGGCUCAGGGUGACGCCUGAUACGCCCUUGAUUACUGGGGGACUAAAGGGACAGGGAGAGCAGCAGUAAUCGAUUGUUCACCUCUCCCCACAUCCGGAGUUUCCGAGAGCGCCCUCCAUCGUGGAAUUGCCCAUAAGCUUUACAACAGGUCUUUGCCCAUAGGCCACCCCCUCCCUCCCAAAACAACGUCUCAAAAGAAGAGGGAAGAAGUUUCCAGAAAUCCAGGAGGGUGGCCUUGGAUCUUGGCCGGGUGGAAGCCGUGGUCCUGCCCUUGGCCAGUCAAGCCUUCCUCCCUGGGAUGGGACCAACUCUGGGGAGGCAUUCUUGCAGGGGAAGAAUAGUGGCCCCGGAGAACUGAGGCCGGGCCCAAGGCGGGAACUGGGUCGGCGGCUUUCAUACACACAAGAUUUCUCAGGCCCUAUGCUCUGGCCUCUCUACCCCUUGGAGGAUUUCUGGACUUCACUGCUCUGCGUCCGGAGAAGACUGGGCUGGUCCUACCAACGCAAACAACAGGCUAGACCAGGUAACGGCCCCCUGCACCAGGCAGCUGCCCGAGACUGUGCCCGGGCACCUGGCACCCCCACAAGACUCCUCACCCACCCCAUCUCUCUGCAGACAGAUGUGUGUGGUUCCCCACUAGGUUCCCCCAACCGGGACCAAGAUGGGGCCUCCAAAGGAGGUAAGGAGAACCUUUGGCAGGUGCUUGAGGACACUGACUACCCAGGAAGUGGACACAGGAGGGAUGCCCCUCCAAUUCGGGGCUCGUCACAGGGAAGGGUCCUGACAGCCUUGUGUUCUCAUAGCAAGCUGAGGAAGGAGAGUGCGUUAACCCCACAGUGGGAGUGCGCCCUGCCCAGGUGUCCCUCAACAAGGCCACAGAAAGCCCAAAGAUCUAUGUGUCACCAACUGAUCAUUGUAAAUAAAGUGGACCUGCUUUUUCA